ACCGUUCUGGACGAAAUCCCAUGUUAAAUGAUUGAACUCCCAACAAUACUUGUACACUUAUAUUCUCCAUCUGAUUUGAUUUGAAUUUGAUCUGAGGCUGGUCGUCCGUGGAAACGACCAGGCCGUCGUCAUGUUCCAGCCAAACCCCGAAGACCACCUCCACCUUCGCCUACACCGGGCCAGGUCCGUAGUCCUAACAUCCGAUGAGCUCGUCGAGAUCCGCGCCGCCCAGCGCACCUUCGAGGGAGCCUACAUGAGGACCGCCCUCGGCCAGUUCUCCUUUGCCCUCAUCAUCCUCAAAGUCUUCACCGCCGAGUUCUACGCCAUCGGGGCCCUCUUCGCCGUCUACGGCGCCGCCGUCAUGUUAGUCGCCAUGUACCGCCGCUACGAGGGCAAUCGCCAGUUCUUCACCUCCCCGGCACCCUGUCCCCACCACCACCACCAUCCUCCUCCUCCUCGGCAGCAGCAGCAACAACAACCGCGCCAGGAGUACCGGCAGGAGCAGAACGGGGAUGACGAAGACGACUACGAGCCGAGACCGCCGUGUGAUCUGUGCCGCGCUUUCGGCGCCCCGGAGCCGGUCAGGAAGUUUCGGACCUCCGGGAACAGCGUCGCUUUGCUUGCGGCCUUCAGCCUCUCCGCUUAUAUUGUCCUCUUGGUCUUGACAUGGCAGCUUACCCAUGAUCCCAGCAGUUAACUUUGGAACGCAUGUUCAGCCGAUCGACUGCGCCGGUGAUGGGCACUGUAAUCAUGCAUUUUCGUUUUGUGUGUGAUUUGGUGUUUUGGACGUUGAUGUGCAACUAA